UUGUAAGACUCCAGGGCCUUCUAGCCGUGAAUAAUCUGAUGGUUCCUGAAGUGACUAGGCAAACAGAUGCUUCUCGUGCCAGUUGAAGAAUGUGUGUCUAUGUAUAUUUAAAACCUUCUUUCUAUAUAUACACAUUUACACGGGAAGACAGGCUCACUCUUGUGUACUCUUGAGAGUUUUACAACUGAUGAAAAUUAAUUUAAGAAUCAAAUGGAGCAACUUGACACCACUGGGCUCAGGAGCCUGGGGAGAAAAAUACAUCACUAGUGGCCAGUUUUCCAUAUGGUCUUCACGGGUAAAGAAAGUCUGCAAAAAGAAGAAAAAAAAAUUUGCACAGAUUAAGUCUCAAAAAUACCUCUCCAGUUUAAAGAAGGAACGAAGUGAGAAGGUGACCAAGAAAGAAUUGUGAUUUCAAACGUUGCGGUGGACUGUGCAGUGCUUCUGCGCCUUGAUUUUCAGUUGGUUUGGUGAUUUGGAUGGACUUGAAAAGUUUGGACUAAAAAGUAACUCUUAACUGUGGUUAUGGCUGGAGGAAAGCAAGUUCAGGUGUGAUGGACAAGUUUGAACAACGAACUGAUUCCUUUGCCUGCUUUAGUUAACUGCAUUUGAGAAAUUUUAAUUUAUUAUUUUCCAUUUUCUUUCCUGCAUCUAUAGGCUCGCGUCUUAAAAUAGCAAUUGAAACGAAUAAUUAUAAAAACAAGUAUCAAGGGAAGUCCAAGCAAGCUUCCUUUUCCCUGGACUAAGGUUGGUGUUUGGAGAUGGUCUUUGAGUAUGCAUACACGAAAGCACCCAGAAACGUUUGAUCACUCUCCAGGGAAACAGUGAGGGGAGAAUCUGACUCUGGCUUGUGUUUUUGUUUUAAGGGAUUAUCUUCCCUGUUAAGUCCAAGAAGACUUACAUAUGAGGGAAAGAUUAUUUGAUGGACUGAAUUCUGAGAUUAGUUUUUUUUUUCAUCAAAAUGGAAAAAUACUGAUCUUUAGGACAGAAAAGGGAAGAAGUAACUGGAGUAGUCAGAAAAGAGACAGACGGAAGCAGCAGAAACUUGCAGCCUGGCUGUUCUGUCAGCAAGAGGACUUAAGACUCACGAAGGCAAAUGCUGGGACCACUUUAACAGCGUUAAAGCACCCUGCCUCUGUUCAGUGAAGGGGCUUUCUUUCUAGUCUCUAUGGCACUAGGGGGUGCUCUGGCUGGCGGAGGAGUAGUCCGAUGGAGCCCUGCGUUCCCUGGGGACACAGGGCCCAGCUUUGAGGUGGGGAGUUUCUGGUUUUGAACAGCAGAGAAAGUCUUUUUUUCUUCUUAAAAUUUGGACUGUUGUCUGCACAAACUCUGAUCUGUUUUGCACGGUUUGUGUGCCUUUUUUUCCCUUUAUGCAAUCUUUUCAGCUUUAGCAGCAGAAAUUUGUCUAGUUCAAAAAACAUAUUAGAAGAUGGCUUCAGAAGGAAGAUGAUCCUGUGUAUUUUGUCUCUGCAUCUGAACUUUUGGGGAGGAAAUUCCAGCUAGAGGGAUUCUUAAAGCCUUAAGUUACUUGAAAUCUAUGUACUUGCAACUCUUUGUCUCUGGAAUAAUAUUACACUAAACUGGAAUCUCAGGCUGAAUAAGAAUAACCAAGUUGAGUAAAAAGAAGAAAACUGUUUCUUGAUCACCACUUAGUAACGAUGCUCUUUCUGCAAAGGAUCAGCACGUUCUUCCUCUAAGGACUUGAAAAUAAAAAUGGACCCCAUGUUUUUUUAAGCAUUACCUUUUCUUAGCAGACUGCCAUCAUCUUUUAUAGAGGAAUUUUUUCACUAUGCAUUUGGUGGAUCUUUAUAAAACACUGACCUUCUAAUUAGAUUUAGGUCAGCUUAAUUAAAGGGGGAAAAAAAGCAACACAAGCCAACCACAAAAAUAAACCAAUGAAAGAAAUUGGUUUAAAUUUUUCAACAUUGAGCAUUACUUUUUAAGUAAAACAGUUCAUUUAAAAAAGUAUGUAUGCUGCAGUGGAGCAUGGGCCUGUGCUUUGCAGCGAUUCUAACAUUCUCUGCCUAUCGUGGAAGGGGCGUGUCCCCAAGAGCGAGAAGGAGAAGCCAGUGUGCAGGAGGCGCUACUAUGAGGAAGGCUGGCUGGCCACAGGCAAUGGGCGUGGAGUGGUUGGGGUGACUUUCACCUCCAGCCACUGCCGCAGGGACAGGAGUACUCCGCAGAGGAUAAACUUCAACCUGAGGGGCCACAAUAGUGAGGUUGUGCUGGUGAGGUGGAAUGAGCCCUACCAGAAGCUGGCCACAUGCGACGCUGAUGGAGGAAUAUUUGUGUGGAUUCAGUAUGAAGGCAGGUGGUCUGUGGAACUGGUCAAUGACCGAGGGGCUCAGGUGAGUGAUUUCACAUGGAGCCAUGAUGGAACUCAAGCACUUAUUUCAUAUCGAGAUGGGUUUGUCCUGGUCGGUUCUGUCAGUGGACAAAGACACUGGUCAUCCGAGAUCAACUUGGAAAGUCAAAUCACAUGUGGCAUAUGGACUCCUGAUGACCAACAGGUGCUGUUUGGCACAGCUGACGGGCAGGUGAUUGUCAUGGACUGCCAUGGCAGGAUGCUGGCCCAUGUCCUCCUGCACGAGUCUGACGGUGUCCUAGGCAUGUCCUGGAACUACCCCAUCUUCCUGGUGGAGGACAGCAGUGAGAGCGACACGGACUCGGAUGACUACGCUCCUCCCCAAGAUGGCCCAGCGGCGUAUCCCGUCCCAGUGCAGAACAUCAAGCCGCUGCUCACUGUCAGCUUCACCUCGGGAGACAUCAGCUUAAUGAGCAACUACGAUGACUUGUCACCCACUGUCAUCCGCUCAGGGCUGAAAGAGGUGGUAGCCCAGUGGUGCACACAGGGGGACUUACUGGCAGUCGCUGGAAUGGAACGGCAGGCCCAGCUUGGUGAGCUUCCCAACGGUCCUCUUCUGAAGAGUGCCAUGGUCAAGUUCUAUAACGUUCGUGGGGAGCACAUCUUCACACUGGACACUCUUGUGCAGCGCCCUAUCAUCUCUAUCUGCUGGGGCCACCGCGACUCACGGCUGCUGAUGGCAUCAGGACCAGCCCUGUACGUGGUACGUGUGGAGCAUCGGGUGUCCAGCCUGCAGCUGCUGUGCCAGCAAGCCAUUGCCAGCACCCUGCGGGAAGACAAGGAUGUCAGCAAGUUGGCCCUGCCUCCCCGCCUCUGUUCCUACCUCUCCACCGCCUUCAUCCCCACCAUCAAGCCCCCAAUUCCAGACCCCAACAACAUGCGCGACUUUGUUAGCUACCCCUCAGCCGGCAGUGAGCGGCUGCACUGCACCAUGAAGCGCACAGAGGAUGACCCCGAGGUGGGCGGCCCAUGCUACACACUCUACCUUGAGUACCUGGGGGGGCUUGUGCCCAUCCUCAAGGGGAGGCGCAUCAGCAAGCUGCGGCCAGAGUUUGUCAUCAUGGACCCCCGGACAGAUAGCAAAUCAGAUGAAAUCUAUGGGAAUAGCUUGAUUUCCACUGUGAUCGACAGCUGCAACUGCUCAGACUCCAGUGACAUCGAGCUGAGUGAUGACUGGGCUGCCAAGAAAUCUCCCAAAAUCUCCAGAGCUAGCAAAUCACCCAAACUCCCAAGGAUCAGCAUUGAGGCUCGCAAGUCUCCCAAGCUGCCCCGGGCUACUCCAGAGAUUUCCCGGUCUCCUAGGCUGCCUAUGCGCAAGCCCUCCAUUGGCUCACCUAGCCUAACACGGAGAGAGUUUCCUUUUGAAGACAUCGCUCAGGUAGGAGCACAAAUAAUCUAUAAAACCAGCCUCCUGCAUCUCCAGCCGCGGCAAAUGACCAUUUAUCUCCCAGAAGUUCGAAAGAUUUCCAUGGACUAUAUUAAUUUACCUGUCUUCAACCCAAAUGUUUUCAGUGAAGAUGAAGAUGACUUACCAGUGACAGGAGCGUCUGGUGUCCCUGAGAGCAACCCGCCUUGCACCGUGAACAUCCCUAUUGCACCGAUCCACAGCUCGGCUCAGGCUAUGUCCCCCACACAGAGCAUAGGGCUGGUGCAGUCCCUGCUGGCCAAUCAGAAUGUGCAACUAGACGUCCUGAGCAACCCCACGACAGCCGCAGGGGCAGCAGAGCAUGUGGGUGAUGGUGCCACCCAGUACCCAGUCCCCAGUCGGUACUGCAACCCUGGCCAGGUGAUUUUUGGAGGCGUGGAAAUGGGCCGAAUGGUUCCAAACCCUCCUCACCUGUCCCUGCCACCGCCACCCCAGGGGCCAGUGCAGAUGCCUGUGGCAAGCCAUGGAGACCGCGACCACGAGCACCUACCAAAGUCAGGCAAGACCCUGAGGCCCGCACCACAGCUGGCGGCUGAAGGGGAUGCUGUGGUCUUUAGUGCCCCCCAGGAAGUCCAGGUGACAAAGAUGAACCCUCCACCCCCAUACCCAGGAACCAUCCCCGCUGCCCCCACUACAGCAGCACCCCCACCCCCUCUGCCGCCCCCACAGCCCCCUGUGGAUGUGUGCUUGAAGAAGAGCGACUUCUCCCUCUGCCCCACGUCAGCGCACUACCAAACGCCCCUAGGCUAUGAGAGGAUCACCACCUUUGACAGCAGCGGCAAUGUGGAGGAGGUGUGCCGGCCUCGCUCCAGGAUGCUCUGCUCCCAGAACACCUACACCCUCCCUGGCCCAGGCAGCUCAGCCACCUUGAGGCUCACAGCCACUGAGAAGAAGGUCCCUCAGCCCUGCACCAGUGCCACCCUGAACCGCCUGACCAUCCCUCGCUACUCCAUCCCACCCGGGGACCCACCCCCGUAUCCUGAAAUUGCUAGCCAGCUGGCCCAGGGGCGAGCUGCUGCCCAGAGACCCGACAGCAGCCUUAUCCAUGCGACCCUACGGAGGAACAACCGAGAGGCCACGCUCAAGAUGGCCCAGCUGGCCGAUAGCCCUAGAGCUCCCCUACAGCCCCCUGCCAAGACCAAGGGUGGGUCUCUGGGAGCAGUAGCGCAGCUCCCGGCCCGGCCUCCACCCGCCCUGUACACCUGCAGCCAGUGCAGUGGCACAGGGCCCGGUUCACAGCCUGGAGCUGCCCUGGCCCAUGCUGUCAGCACCUCCCCGCUGACCUCCCAGUCCUCCUACAGCCUCCUGAGCCCCCCCGACAGUGCCCGUGACCGCACUGACUAUGUCAAUUCAGCCUUUACGGAGGACGAGGCUCUGGCCCAACACUGUCAGCUUGAGAAGCCCCUGAGGCACCCCCCACUGCCUGAAGCCGCUGUCACCAUGAAACGGCCACCCCCUUACCAGUGGGACCCCAUGUUGGGUGAGGACAUUUGGGUUCCUCAAGAAAGGACAGCGCAGACUGUAGUGCCCAACCCUUUAAAAUUGUCCCCUCUGAUGCUCAGUCAGGGCCAGCACCUGGAUAUGUCCCGAGUGCCCUUUGUCUCCCCCAAGUCUCCCGCCAGCCCCACUGCCACUUUCCAGACAGGCUAUGGGAUGGGAGUGCCGUAUCCAGGAAGCUAUACCAACCCCCCUCUGCCUGGAGCACAGGUUCCUUGCUCCCCCAAAGAUGCCCUGUCUCCAACACAGUUUGCACAACAGGAGCCUGCUGUCGUCCUCCAGCCAGUGUACCCACCCAGCCUCUCCUACUGCACCUUGCCCCCCAUGUACCCAGGAAGCAGCACGUGCUCCAGUUUACAGCUGCCACCUGUCGCCUUGCACCCGUGGAGUUCCUACAGCGCCUGCCCCCCUGUGCAGAACCCCCAGGGUACACUCCCCCCUAAGCCACAUGUGGUGGUGGAGAAGCCGCUGGUGUCCCCUCCACCCCCAGACCUCCAAAGCCACAUGGGCACUGAAGUGAUGGUAGAGACCACUGACAACUUCCAGGAAGUCCUCUCCUUGACAGAAAGCCCAGUCCCCCAGAGGACAGAAAAAUUUGGAAAGAAGAACCGGAAGCGCCUGGACAGCCGAGCAGAGGAAGGUAGCAUGCAGGCCAUCACGGAAGGCAAAGUGAAGAAGGAGGCGAGGACUCUGAGUGACUUUAACGCCCUUAUCUCUAGCCCCCGCCUGGGCAGAGAGAAGAAGAAAGUGAAGAGUCAGAAAGACCAGCUGAAGUCCAAGAAGUUGAACAAGACGAAUGAGUUCCAGGACAGCUCCGAGAGUGAGCCUGAGCUGUUCAUCAGCGGGGAUGAGCUGAUGAACCAGAGCCAGGGCAGCAAAAAAGGCUGGAAGAGCAAGAGGACCCCACGGGCCACCAGUGAGCUGGAGGAGUCCCGGUGCCGCCGGGCCAGUGAGAAGGAGGACGGGCGGCUGGGCAGCCAAGGCUUUGUGUACGUGAUGGCCAACAAGCAGCCCCUGUGGAAUGAGGCCACCCAGGUGUACCAGCUGGACUUUGGAGGGCGGGUGACCCAGGAGUCAGCCAAGAAUUUCCAAAUCGAGUUGGAGGGGCGGCAGGUGAUGCAGUUUGGACGGAUUGAUGGCAACGCCUACAUUCUAGACUUCCAGGCCCCCUUCUCAGCCGUGCAGGCCUUUGCAGUUGCCCUGGCCAACGUGACUCAGCGCCUCAAGUGAAGAGACCAGUAUGAGGAGGAGAGAGGUGCCAAGGGGCUUUCUGAAGGAGAGCCACAUGGGGCAGUGCCUGGGGGUCCAGAAGACAGCAGCAAAUUGGAAACGCCUAAAAGUUCCAGGAGGGGACACUGAUCUUCUGUUGUCAUUUAUUUGGGCUUUAUUAUACUUCAUUGUCUGUCUUUCUUUUCUUGUUUCAGUAGAGUGGCAUUUGGAAGCAAAGGUUGCAAGGCAUCUGGUGUUCUUGCAGGAAGUGUAGCUUGGCUAUGGUAAUGUUCUCCUGCGUUUGUCAGUGACUGACACAAGGGCCCUUCAGGAUGCAGAGACCGCCUUAUAGCCUGCUGUUCUCCUGGACGGAGGACAUGCGCAUUGUGUGCUCUCCACGACAUCUAGCUUUCCUUACUCCUCCAUCACUACUAAGAUAAAAUCAAACAAACUUUAAAAAAUCAUAACCAAAAAUCCUGAAGAUACAGGCUCUCUUGGAGGGAGGGACACUAUUGAAUUCAUAUAUUUUGUUACUCCCUAAAAGGUGAUAAGAUUAACAAAGGAUGUUUAGGCAAGUGCACUGAUUAACUGAGUGCCCGCACCAGGAGUCAGUGUGACUUGCUCAUUCGUGAAGUUGGGGAAGAGAUGACGAGUGAGGAAGGGAACACUGAGGGGCAGGCUCAUACCGCAGACAGCUAGGUGACUCAGGCUACACUGGUCUCCUGAGGAUGUUAACAUUGAGGGAUUCCACUAGUUUCAUCAGUUACAAUCAUUCGGCAUGAUGGACCUUUAGAGAAACUAAGAGCCUAAAAUGGAAAGAUGCUGGCCCGUGGUGGGGGGAGCAGUUUCCUCAGAUCGUGUGGUGGUAUCACUAGAUCCCCAGUAGCCUCUAUUCUCUCUGCCUCUUUUAGUUUUUAAUCUGGAACGUGUCUCUGUAAACACCACCUUUCCCAUCAGAUACCACUGUUCUGUACUUUCCCCUUUUGAAAGUAUGUACAAGACUUGAUUUGAAACCACUCCUUUCUUCCUCUUGGCUACAUUAAAGUUCUCAAUCAGAUUAGAAAUGUAACCCAAAAAUGUCAAAUAUUUGCCAGCACAUUAAAAGACAGGAGCAUAGUCAAAUCUUUGACAAAAGUUCCAUGGUCUUCUCUAAGGAGAAAAAAAAGUAUACAGACUAUUUUUGAGGAGAUAAACCACUGAGAAGACAUUGUAACAUUUUAACACUUAGGUACUUGGCUGACCACACUAAACACGGCUACCUGGCAUAUAUCUGUUCCCACCUCCUGAGAACACCAGUCAGUAUUUGUGUCCUAAUGACAAGCCCAGUUGGUGUCUCAGUUACUCAUACUGUGGUGGUGUUUAGGACAGGGCCAAAAGAACUGUCUCCUGAUUUGGGGUCCUAAAUUUGGAUUUUAUUUGAAAACAGACAAGUGGAAAAUACUAUGCAAAAGUAUUUUCAAUGCAAAAGUUAUAGUUAAACUUGUUUUGGCUUAAAAGUUAGAAAAGAAACUAGGCCAUUUCUUUCCCAAAGUAAGAUGAUAUUACUCACUAUUCUCUCUCAAACCCCAAAGGAGUACUGACCAGGUUUUUAAAUAUGGUGAAGGACACCUCCCAGCUAACACCUGAGUUUCCCAUUUUGUAUUUAAAAGUAUUGGACCUGAUUUUUUGGUGGGUACAUUCUUCUAGGAAGAAUUUAGCAGCAUAUUCAGAAUUAUCUAGUUCUUUUAUAUGAAUUUCUGUUUCUUGAUACAGUGUUUCAAUGCUUAUUAUUAGUUGUGCAAUAACAGUUAUAGCCUAUUUCUAAAAUAACUUAA